GUGUGUCACCUCAACACCUUCUGAAUCUCCAGAGCGAAGCGUACUGUGUACAGGAUUCUAACUCAGAAGGGCCAUGGAGCAAUAUACAACAAACAGCAAUAGUUCUACAGAGCAGAUUGUUGUGCAGGCUGGGCAGAUCCAGCAGCAGCAGCAGGGUGGUGUCACUGCUGUCCAGCUGCAGACUGAGGCUCAGGUGGCAUCCGCCUCAGGCCAGCAAGUCCAGACCCUCCAGGUAGUCCAGGGGCAGCCAUUAAUGGUCCAAGUCAGUGGAGGCCAGUUGAUUACAUCAACUGGUCAACCCAUCAUGGUCCAGGCCGUCCCUGGUGGACAAGGCCAGACCAUCAUGCAAGUACCUGUAUCUGGUACACAGGGUUUGCAGCAGAUACAGUUGGUCCCACCAGGGCAGAUACAGAUCCAAGGUGGACAGGCUGUGCAGGUGCAGGGCCAGCAGGGCCAGACCCAGCAGAUCAUUAUCCAGCAGCCCCAGACAGCUGUCACCGCUGGCCAGACCCAGACACAACAGCAGAUUGCUGUCCAGGGGCAACAAGUAGCACAGACUGCUGAAGGACAGACCAUUGUCUAUCAGCCAGUUAAUGCAGAUGGCACCAUUCUCCAGCAAGUUACAGUCCCUGUUUCAGGCAUGAUCACCAUCCCAGCAGCCAGUUUGGCAGGAGCACAGAUUGUUCAGACAGGAGCCAACACCAACACAACCAGCAGUGGGCAAGGGACUGUCACUGUGACACUACCAGUGGCAGGCAACGUGGUCAAUUCAGGUGGAAUGGUCAUGAUGGUACCUGGAGCUGGCUCUGUUCCCGCUAUCCAAAGAAUCCCUCUGCCUGGAGCAGAGAUGCUUGAAGAAGAGCCACUCUAUGUGAAUGCAAAACAGUACCACCGCAUCCUUAAGAGAAGGCAAGCCCGGGCUAAGCUGGAAGCAGAAGGGAAAAUCCCAAAGGAGAGAAGGAAAUACCUGCAUGAGUCCCGGCACCGUCAUGCCAUGGCUCGGAAGCGUGGGGAAGGUGGGCGGUUUUUCUCCCCAAAAGAAAAGGACAGUCCCCAUAUGCAGGAUCCAAGCCAAGCUGAUGAAGAAGCAAUGACACAGAUCAUCCGGGUGUCCUAACCUUGGGCCAAGGGUUAUAUUCCUCGCACUGUUUCCCUCUGUUCAGGAAAUUGAUCGACUCUUCCAGUGGGACACUGGCAGUCACACUCUGCCCUUUGCUACAGGACAGAAAACCACUUAGAUUUUAAGUGGCUCAGUGUUAUAAUUGCCGUGGGGCCUGGCAAAUUGAAGUUGCAAACCUUUGUCUCACCUUUUCGGUCAGGACCUGUUUCAUACUGUUGAGGAUACUGACAUUUGGUGGAUUCGGGGUGAUACAAGGAGACACUUGCCAGCCCAGCAGUACACAAGCACUUAACGUAGACUGGAGAAGCCAGACAGCCAUCUCAGCAGGAAGAGCAUCCUUCUCAACUUGAAGUACAGUCAGGGAAGCGGAAUCCCGCUCCUUCCCAUGGAUUGCAGUGUUCAUCCUCUGAUGGGCAUCUCAGGCUGACUGCCUCAGUGGACGCUUUGUAUUUAGAGAUGGCAUGGACGUUCCAUAUUAUGAUAUAGAAACAAUAAAUUCUCUGAGAUACUGUCAUCUAA